UAAAUCUCGCUAGGGUUUUGUUUUCUUUGCAGACAAAAAGAAAGAGGCGAUUAACCUUGAAGCUGCAACAAUGGUGGAGAAGGUGAACAAGCCAAGGAAAGAGGAGGUUGUCUCCAGAGAAUACACCAUCAAUUUGCACAAACGUCUCCACGGAUGUACCUUCAAGAAGAAGGCACCGAAUGCCAUCAAGGAGAUCCGGAAGUUUGCCCAGAAGGCAAUGGGAACAAAUGAUGUAAGGGUUGAUGUCAAGUUGAACAAGCACAUAUGGAGCCGUGGAAUCCGGAGUGUGCCAAGAAGGAUCCGUGUUCGCAUUGCACGCAAGAGAAAUGACGACGAAGAUGCCAAGGAAGAGCUCUACUCAUUGGUCACUGUUGCAGAAAUUCCAGAAGGUGGGUUGAAGGGAUUGGGAACCCAAGUCAUUGAUGAAGAAGAGUGAAAAUUCAAAUUUUCUUUUGAUAAGUCUUUGAUUUACUAAAGUUAUGCAGUUGGAAACUCAUUUGUAUUUUGGAAUUUGGUAUUCAUUUCAUAAUACUAGUAACUGCCAUUUUAAUAGAACAAAAUUCCUACUA